AUGCUAGGACUGCCUUUGAUUCCUAUCCCUUUUCGAGCGCAGCAUGUGAUCCUCCAAACUCUACAACGUCACCUCGAGCAUUCCGCCUUCCAAUUUGUUCAAAAAUGGCUUCUACCACAGUCUUUGGCUGUUGGCUGGACAUGCCCCGAGGCGCUGGAGCUGCAUAAAUUCUUUAAGCUUUUAGCUAAGAACCGAUCGAAGAUCUCGUCUGAGCAAUGCUGUGCAAAUAUCACCCCUGUUCAGAACCUGCGCCAUUCCAUCGCGAGCAUCCGCCACGCCGCUGUUCAUCGCUUGACCCAAGACAGAGAUAGUCUGCUUGAGAUGGUUUAUGCCGCCAUCGAAUUUUGCCUUUGCAUCGGCGAGAGUCCUGGCGCGGAGAAGCUAUGUGGUCUCCUCCGAUUCCUACAGAAAACCCUUCCCAAACCAAGCAUAAAGCAAAGGCAGUCACAGCAAGCUACUCCUUUUCAAGCUUCUUCGCCUAAAUCACCUCUCCGUGAACCACCGAACCACCGAUUGCUCACACUUCCGGAAGUGAUAGGAAGACUCGUGGAAUGUAUCGAGAAGACCUGA